UUGCAGCUGAAUUCAGGAUGGCGUCAGAGAAGACCACAAAAAAAGAGCUGCUGAAGGCUGAGGAGCAGCAGCAGGCGAGCGCUGUCAAUCGGGUGUCCAGCUUGCCCUUGCUCAGCUCUGCAUUCAACCUGGUCUCAUCUGCCUACAACCACACCAAGGAGUCUCACCCUUGCCUCAGUGGUGUCUGCAACGUGGCCGAGACCGUGGCUGCCGUCGCAGUAGGUAGUGUGCUUGGUGGGGCACAGCCCAUCCUGAACCAACUUGAGCCACAAAUUGCACUUGUAAAUGAAUAUGCCUGUAAAGGACUGGAUCAGCUGGAGGAGAACUUGCCUUUUCUUCACCAGCCAGCAGAUAAGGUAAUCUCAGACACCAAGCAGCUAGUCUCCACCAAAGUCACAUCUGCUAUGGAUGCUGCCUGUGAGGCAAAAGCAGGUGCAAAGGAUCUUGUGACCAACACAGUGACCGAAGCAGUGGACCUGACCAAAGGGGCUGUUCAAGAUGGUGUUGAGAAGACCAAAUCGAUGGUCACUUCUACGGUCAGUACCGCUCUGGAUGCUGCAGUGAGCCAAGCAGUGGCAGGUGGUGUGGAAUCUGUCCUGGGUAUAUCAGAAGAUCUGGUGGAUCAGUACCUCCCAAUGACAGAGGAGGAGCUAGGUCAGCUGGCCACCAGUGUCGAGGGGUUUGGUGUGGCUUCUGUGGAGGAGCAGAGACAGCAGCAGAGCUACUUUGUGCGCCUGGGCUCCCUCUCCGGCAGGGUUCGGCUCCGAGCCCUCCAGCACUCCCUGCACAAGCUGCAGCUCGUGAAGCAAAGCACCCAGGAUGCGCUCUCACGACUCCAAAUGGCAAUAAAACUGAUUGAAUCUGUGAAAGAGGAGGUUGGCCAGAAGCUCUUGGAUGGGCAGGAGAAGCUCCAUCAGCUGUGGGUGGACUGGAGCCUGACCCAACCCAAAGGAAACCAAGUUAAAACUGCCUCCCAAGUAGAGGUAGAGUCACGGACUCUAGCUAUGCUGCGGAUCAUCACCCAGCAGCUACAGCCUGUUUAUGAGAACCUCAAAAACAGCAUCCACGGCCUCCCCAGCAACAUCCAGGAAGCAGUUUAUCGGGCCACCCAAAAUAUCCACAAGCUCCAUAGCUCUUUCUCCAGUGCUAUGUCUUUCCAGGACCUCUCCAGCACCACCCUGACCCAGAGCCAGGCCUGUGUGACAGAAGCCCGGAGGUCUCUAGAUGACCUGUUUGAGUAUGUAACUCAGAACACCCCCCUAAACUGGCUCGUGGGUCCCUUCAAGGCGAUAGCUAAGGUGUCACAGGACAGCAGAAAGCAGAAGACCAACAAUAUGGCAACUGAUACAAAAUCACCCGUGCUGGAAAAGGCUACACCAACACAGGAGGAGACCAAGACCCCCAAAAAACCAAAGGGAGCGGACAGGAUCCCAAGGAAAAAGUGUGAAACGCUAGAGAAGCUGGAAGAGAAAGCAGAGAAAGACACAGAGGUGGACCUGGCUGCAAAGGAGAUAAAAACUAACGCAUCAGAGAAAGAUCUCUGA